AUGGCAAGACGAGGAAGAAUGGAUUCGGUCUCCAGCCGUGCUAACGAGGAGACUCCGUUGUUGCAAGAAGUGCUACCAGAGCCGAUUGACGAUGGCGCAGUGCAGCAACAACGCGCAGCGCAGGAUGCAGAAGUGCAACAAGAGGAGGUGAUGAUUGCGCAGGAGGCAAAGGGAAGCAAGCUGGUCAUUAUUCUGGCCAGCUGCUACCUCGGCGUGUUUCUAGGGGCGCUGGACUCCACUAUAAUCGCAACGCUAUCGGCGCCCAUCUCUGACUCCUUCAAUUCUUUCACUCUCGUCUCCUGGAUUGCGACAUCCUACCUGAUCGCAAACGCUGCAUUGCAGCCUUUGAGUGGCAAACUGACAGACAUCUUUGGAAGACGUGCAGGGCUUGUGCUUUCAAACGUGUUGUUUUUUGCCGGCAAUUUGAUAUGUGGCCUAGCAAAGAAGCAAUGGGUCAUGAUUCUUGGUCGAGUGGUGGCCGGCAUGGGCGGUGGUGGGCUCAUGUCCAUUUCGACCUUUGUUGCCUCUGAUCUUGUGCCUUUGCGCAAGCGCGGCCUCAUCCAGGGCAUUGGAAAUAUUUGCUACGGAACGGGUGCCGGCCUUGGAGGAGUUUAUGGAGGGUGGAUAAACGACGCAAAGGGCUGGCGCCUUGCGUUUCUCAUUCAGUUACCUCUCAUCGCCGUGUCUGCUAUGCUGGUUGCUACUACCGUGAAGAUUCCGGUCAAGGAAAAGGAGCUGUCCAGGAUAAGGAGAAUCGACUUUCCUGGCGCCAUCACCCUCGUCUUGUCUUUAGUGCUUCUGCUCCUUGGCCUUAACUCCGGUGGAAACACUGUGCCUUGGUCUCAUCCUCUUGUCCUUGCUUGCGUACCUCUGUCCAUUGCAUUUCUGGUCUUGUUCAUCAUCAUUGAAGCCCGGGUUGCGAGCGAGCCUAUUAUACCAGUGCACCUACUGCUCGACCGCACUGUUGCAUCGGCAUGUCUGACCAAUUGGUUCAUCACGAUGGCGACGUUUAUUUUCCUGUACUAUGUUCCUAUUUAUUUCCAGGUCCUUGGAUAUAGCACAACCCAGGCGGGGCUCAAGAUUAUCCCGCAGUCCGUGGGUGCUUCCAUAGGAUCGCUAGGAGCAGGAUUGAUAAUGCGAGCUACAGGGCGUUACUACGCUCUUAAUGUUUUUAUUGAAGGUCUCUUGCUCGCAUCUGCAAUCAUUAUCGCGGCAUUGUUUAACCGCAAUAUGCAGGAAAUGCCAACGUACAUCGCAUUGUUGCUGGGUGGCCUUGGUUAUGGAGGCAUGCUCACAGUCACGCUGCUGGCACUGAUUGCAGCGGUAGAGCACAAACAUCAAGCUGUCAUCACCUCUGCAUCCUAUGCUUUCCGCUCAACUGGAUCCACGAUAGGAAUCACCGUCGCCUCUGCAGUUUUUCAAAAUGUUUUGAAGCGUGAGCUUUGGGAACGGUUCAGAGACGACCCCAUGGCGAGGGAUAUCAUUGCUAGAUUACGAGACAGCAUCGAAGAAAUACAUAAACUUCCGCCGCAAUACUACGACGGCGCGAUAGACAGUUACAUGCUCGCGUUACGGGCCGUUUGGUACACGUCUUUGGGGCUGGUCGUGGUUGGCAUUACCCUGAGCCUGGGGAUGCGAGAACACACUCUGCAUACAAAUCUUGCCCGGAAAUGA